AUGGAGAUUACUUCAAGAGCACUUGUGUACAACAAAUAUGGAGAUCCACGGGAGGUUCUGAAUUUGACCACGCAAGAAAUAUCAACAAAACUAAAACCAGGAGAAGUGCUUAUACACUGGCUUGCCACCCCCAUAAACCCACUCGACAUUAACAGAAUUCAGGGCCGUUAUGCCACUAAAGCGGACCUACCCGCUAUUGGAGGUUCUGAAGGAGUUGGCGAAAUCGUCAAAGUGGCAGCUCACUCAAAGUUUACUAUUGGAGAUCACGUUACCCUUUUUUCAAACUAUACUCCGUUCUGGUGCGACUAUGUGAUUGCGGACGAAAGCGAACUCUACAAAAUUAACAAGAAAAUAGACCUGAUCACGGCCGCAACGUUAAUGAUCAAUCCACCGACAGCAUGGAUAAUGCUCAAAGAAUUUGUACAUUUGGUACAGGGUGAUUACGUCAUCCAAAAUUCUGCAAACUCUGGAGUUGGUCGGAAUGUUAUUCAACUUUGCAAAGCGUGGGGUAUCAAAACGAUCAAUCUCAUCCGAUCACGUCGUGAUGUAGAACGCCUGAAGACGGAACUAUGGAGAAUUGGAGCUGAUCACGUAUUUACAGAAGAAGAAUUUUCUCUUCUUGGGAUGAAGCUCAUUAACGAACUCAAAAAUAAACCACGAUUGGCUUUGAAUGGUGUGGGAGGACGUAGUGUUCUGACGAUUUCAUCGGCACUUGCUAAAAAUGGGAUAUGCAUAGUUUACGGAGGAAUGUCUAAAAAAACUCAUGAAUUUUCUACAGCUUCCCUAGUGUUCAAUAACAUUCAAGUUCGAGGAGUUAAUGUCGGGUUAUGGAUGAGAGAGAACCGCUACUCAAACCAGGAACCGAACACCUUCGAAAUCUGUAUGAAGGAAUUGCAGAUCUUGGCUCUCGAAGGCAAAAUAACAGCCCCUCCUGUGGAUGUGGCAAGCUUAGAUAAAUAUCGCGACUCGAUUGUAAAAACGAUGGCAGGGGGAAAAAAACAACUCCUGAUGCUGGAUUCAAAGAAAUCAAAGUUAUAA